AAGAAAUUCAACCCAUAAAGUCAAUUGCCAAAAAGCUCGCCUCGCGCGCGGUCGACGUUAGAGUGGCUGAGCGGACGCUUUCUCUUUACUCUGUUACCUUUCUCCAUUACCAUUGACGACGCCGCGUGCGCGUCUCCCGCAAGAAACAACAACAACAGCGAGAAGGAGCCGCAGAUUGCACGGUGCAUAAAUAAAACAAACGAAAAUAUAUUGUGCAGCGAGAAUUUAUGCAUACAACAAACGAUAAAAAACCGAAGACGAGUGAUGACAGUCGAAAGAAAUAGUAAUACUACUUAAAUUGCGGCACAAGAACGUAAACAAAAUCGUGUGUAAAUUCAAUGGGAAAAGAAGUACAAGAACAAGAACAACAUGGGGACGCCGACGUCGACAGCGACGCCGGCAGAGACGUCGAGACAUUUCGAAUUUCUUUGGAUGCUGAUGGACUAACGGUGCUUUAGUGGUUGUUCCUUCUAUGUACAGUGUGUGUGCGUGUCUGUUGGUGUGUGUAAAUUGGAAAAACAGCAAAAACUGAAUGUGCAACAUAAGCAAAGCAGCGUGAAGUAAAAACCAUAAAAUAUAUAACAAGAAGCCGUGAAUCGGAGAAAAGCGUUAACCGAAGCCAAGAAAAAUUAAAACCAACCGAAAACCAACAUCAAAAGUUGCCAACUUUUUGUUCGACCGCAGCAGCCGAAGAAGCAGCGGCGUCAGCAGCGACGCCCGCCUGCAGCCAGCGUCGCGCUGGCAACAACAAAUUGCGAUGCCUGGACUUGUGGUCUUCAGACGUCGCUGGUCUGUGGGCUCUGAUGAUCUCGUGGUGCCGGGUGCAUUUCUCCUGACGAUUCAUUUUAUAUGUUUUGUGAUUGUUAGCGUCUCGUUGGUUAUCUUUGAGUAUAAUACACGAAUUUUAAGUGUGAAACUAUUGUUCUAUCAUCUAACAGGCUACUUGUUGAUUCUAUUUUUUUCAAUAUGUGUAGAAAUAGGUAUAUGUGUGAUCUCGAUGCGUGGCAGUAUUCUGGAUGCCGAGGCGCGCACCUCGAUCAACAUCUGGAUAUAUCUCAAGAGCUUGGUAAUUCUGUUCGAUAUUGCCUGGCUGGGGGUGGGCUCCGUUUGGCUGGGGCAUUACUACACCACCGCACCCAUCGAUGAUCCCAAAAAGGUCUAUAUAGCCAUCAUCAUCUGCAAUUGGGCUCUGGUGGUGAUCACCCUCAUCACGAUAUGGUGCACCUUUGAUGCUGCCGGAAGAUCCUGGGUAAAGAUGAAGAAGUACCAGCGAUCAAUGCGCGAGACGGAGUCGCGGUUCAAUUAUAAGCGGAGCAACAGCAUGAAUCGCAACUGGCGGCAAAGAAAAGUGAUGCGCGCCUACCAGGACAGCUGGGACCAUCGCUGCCGCCUGCUGUUCUGCUGCAUGGGCUCCUCGGAGCGCAACCGCAACUCGUUCACGGACAUCGCCCGCCUGCUGAGCGACUUCUUUCGGGAGCUGGACGUGGUGCCAUCGGACGUGGUCGCCGGACUCGUCCUGCUCCGCAAGUUCCAGCGGCUGGAGCGCGAGGCCAUCGUCCGGCAGCGCAAAAAUGGCACCUACGAGUUCCUCAGCGGCGUACCAAUUACGGAGCGGACCCAGUUCCUAGCACUCAACGAUGCCAAAAACUACGACUUCUUUCAGACGGUCAUCCAUUACAUGUACUUUGCCCAGGGCGCCUACGGUUGGCCCAUGUACGUCAUCAUCAAUCGCAGCAAGAUGUGGCACCUGGUGCCGGAACUGAAAUGUUUCGGCUGCUGCUGUGGCAGUAAUGAGGAUACGGAGGUAAUCCAGGACAAUUGCUGCCUGUGCAACUACGCGGCGCUGAAGAAGACGCUGCAGCUGGGCGACAUCGACAUCGUGUAUGCCACCUACCACGUGGACGUGGGCGAGACGCCCUUCUUCGUGGCCGUCGACUACACCCAUCGGGCGGUGGUGAUUAGCAUACGUGGCACACUAAGCAUGAAGGACAUACUCACGGAUCUGAAUGCGGAGGGCGAGGUGCUGCCACUGCAGCCGCCGCGUGACGAUUGGUUGGGUCACAAGGGCAUGGUGCAGGCGGCGAUCUACAUACGCAACAAGCUGCAGGAGGAGAAUCUCAUCGAGAGGGCGCUGCAGCGGAAUCCGGACCGCCAGACGCCCACCUUCGACCUGGUGCUGGUGGGUCAUUCCCUGGGCGCCGGCACAGCGGCCAUACUGGCCAUCCUGCUGAAGCCCGACUAUCCGACGCUCCAGUGCUUCAGUUACUCCCCGCCCGGCGGUCUGCUCAGUAUGCCCGCCGUGGAGUACUCCAAGUCGUUCAUCACCUCGGUGGUGCUCGGCAAGGACGUGGUGCCGCGCAUCGGUCUCAACCAAAUGGAAGCCCUGCGAGCGGAUCUCAUCAAUGCCAUCCAGCGCAGCGUGGAUCCCAAGUGGAAGACAAUUUCCUGUUCGGUCAUCUGCUGUGGCUGUGGACCGGAGCCCACUUCCGUGGUGAACAUGUCCGGCCAGGACACGCACAUCAAUCAGUACCAGGAGGAGCGCGGAACAGCCCGUUCGACCAGCGCUCAUCCCACGGACAGCUCGAUAGCUUUAACCCUGCACCAGCCCUUAUAUCCGCCCGGUCGCAUCAUCCAUAUAGUGCGACAUCAUCCCAAGCCCGACGAGCAAAAAUACGACAGUGGUUGGAGAAAUGUGCUGAAGAAUCGGGAGCCCGUAUACCAGGCCAUCUGGGCCGACUCCACGGACUUCGAUGAGGUUCUCAUCUCGCCGGUGAUGCUGCAGGAUCACAUGCCCGACAAGGUCCUCGCCGCCCUGAAGAAGGUUGUAACAACGAGUGGGCCACGCAAGCCCCAGCGCCAGACCUCCAAUGCAUUCUCCACGGGUUCGCACGAUGCCCACGAUACGGAUCUGGAGCCGCCGCAUUGCAGCAACCGCAGUGAGACGACGACGGAUGCCAUGAGGUCAGAAGCGGAACCGGAAACGGAUCGGAUGCCGACCAUGAUGUCACAAUCGCAAUCGCAAUUGCAUCACUGCAAGCGGCCAUCGCAAAGUUCCUACACGAGUCUGAGCAACUGUCUCGUCCUGACGCCAACGGCCCAGCACAAGCUCUGCCUGGAGACGUCCUUUACGAACGGAUCCGUACCGCCCGCUCCCGCUCCCGCUGCAGCUUCGCAGCGCCUGACCUCGGCGGCCUCCUCGCUCUUGAGCUCGACCACCACGCCGUAUGACAUAUCAAGCGCUCUGGACGACAGCCUGGCCACGGUGGCCCUGCGCCAGAGUCCCUCGCUGAUCAGUGCGGAGACGACGGCCACGGUGAUUGGCAAUCACACGGACACCGACCUGGACGAGAUUGCCAUGCCACGGCUCAAGGCGGUCGCCUUUGACAUGGCCCUUACGCCGCCCCCAUCGCUGCCGCCGGAGGGGUCCGUGCUCGGGCGCCAGCACUCCGAGAAGAAGCCGCGCUCCCUGCCGCUGGCCCAAGUCCAGGCCCUGCGGCGAGCCUCGGACGCUGGGAUGGCUGUGCCGGGCGUGGACCUGCUCCACGACGACUGGUAUGGCCUGGCCCCGCUCGCCAGUCCCGAAACGCUCUCCGAAAUCUCCAGCGUCUCGUCGCGCACCAGUGUGCCCAUCAGUCUGGCCAACAGCAUUGAGCGAUAUCUGCAGCACAUGGGCGUUGGUGUGGGUGCUGCGAAGGUACCACUCGAGGACAUCUUCGAGUCGCAGCUGCACACGCCCAAGGUCAUGAGGCGGGCGCCCAAGUUCAGCGAGAAUCUAGCCGGCUGUGCCGAGGACACCAGGAAUCUGGACCAGUACAAGCGGCUGGGACGUGUGUUCAUCACCUUUCCGCGCAUCUUUCCCGACCAAUCGUCGUCGCCGCCCAUGGUGGGCCGCAGCCUGGACUCCAGCGGCGACAGCUUCGAGUCCGCCUCGGCCCACAGCCUGCAACGCGUCCAGCUGCUCCUGCCGCCCGGCACCAAUGCGGUGCAGAGCUCCAAGUCCGCCGACCCGCUGGACGGGUUGGAUCCGGACGCCAAGGCCGCUAGGCAGCCGGCCAAGAAGUUGACCUUCAGCGACAGCGACAUCCUGGCGGAUGCGGACUGUCUGCGGCUGUGUCCCCACUGUCCCUGCGAUCGGGAUGUCCAGCGUGGCUGCUGCACCCGCUCCGAGCAUGGCAGAUGUACGAGUGGUGGUGGUGGUGGUGCUGGUGCUGGUGAUGCUGGUGUCGAUGUCGGUGUUAGCGGAUUGGGAGUGGGCUCCACGGACACCAGUUUCUACAGUGCCAGCUCAUCGCUGGAUCAAUUUGCCAGCACGCCGGCCCGCCAAAACGGUGGACCCCAUCUGCCCGAGGAGAUACUGAUGCGCCCGGGGGUCCUGGAGUCCCACUUUCCUGUCCUCGGCGAUGGCAGCAGCAGCAGCAACAUGGAGAUGGAGACCCCAGCCCUGGUGGCCCCCGCCUCGCCCACGCCCGCACAACUCAGCAAUGGCAAGCGACCGGAUGUGGUGGGCGGAAGGGUACGGAAGCGCCUCUCCUCCGAGGAGUUCUUCUACUCCAGAAGCGCAGAUCAGGAUCAUCUGGUGGCUAGCAGCACCGCCGGCAGCACCGCCGGCAUCACCGCCAAUGCCACCACCAGCCAUCUAGUACAAUUCGGUGAUAGGGGCUCUCCGGCGGGACGCAGACGGGGCAAGGGCUGCGUCUAUCCGGCCGGGAAUAGUCUCCGGUUGGACGCAGCUGCCGCCGCCGCCGCCACCGCCGCUGCAUCCGGAUCACCCACGUCCAUUAGCAAAUUUACCCGCACCCGGGUGGCAACUGGAGGAGGAUCGGCAGCCAAGCAGGCCGCCGCCAAUAACGAAAGUAAUGUUUAAUAGUUGUAAGUUGUAAGCAGUACCUUUACCCGGACAGAGCCAUGGACACUGGUAACACUCGGAUAUUUCGAAAAUCUCUUGAAAAUCCCUUGAAAAUCCCCCAAAAAAUCAACAAUUAUGCCAUUGCGAUCCACAAGGAAAAGAAAAAACAAACAAACAUUUUGCAUACCGAUUACCUAAGGAAUAACAACAUUUAGCGUUAACACAGGCGUUUACCAUUAAAUAAAUGCA